CAAACAAGGCCUAAAUGUUGAAGCAGGCCGCUCGCCACUCCGCCAGGCAGCCGCGGUCGGGGCGUGCAGAGUCUGCUCCGCCGGCGCGCGAUACAGCAGAUGCAGCGCGGCGAAGGCGGGGGCGGGAGAGCUCGUGCCGUAUCGUGGCCAGCUCCGGCGCCUCGACCCCUCGGAUGUGUUGAUGGUGAUGACGGACGACGGGGCCAGGAUGGUGCCGGCGACGCGGCCACCCCCACAAGCAGCAUCUUCAUCAGCGUGCGCGGCGGUGAGGCCUGUGGCCGGUGUGCCGUGGCGCCGGGCGGAGUGCGACGGGACGCUUGGCCGAGCAGGCUGCGACGGGAUGGACGGGCAGGCUGCGGCGCCACGGGCGCGGCGAGGCCUGCGACAGCUGGGCGGACGGGCUGCAGCGGCGAGGCCGGCGACGGCUGGGUGAGCGAGCGGCGGUGCGCAGCUCCAAUCGGGUGGGGUGCUCGCCCCUUGGCACAGCUCCUCGACGACGGCCACGACAAAAGCAAGACCGCUGGAGCUCCUCCAAGCACAUCAACGAGAUGCGAUUUGCUCUUAUUCGGUGCGCCGUGGCCUCCGUCGGCGGCCAUCCCCCACGCCGGCGCCCCUCCCUCUCCCGCCGCGGAGCCGGACGUCGGACCGUGGAGCUGCGGCGGCCGGAUCCCGCGCGCCGCCGUCCACCUCUUCCUUCCUACCUCGCCGCGCCCCUCCUCCCUCCUCCCUCCUUGCAGCGCGGCCUCCCGUGCCCGCCUGCUCUCGGGCCUCGCCGUCGCGGGGGACCCGCUCGGGACGGCGGCGUGCGUCGCCGUGGGGUUCCAGCUCGGCCCGAUGCUCACGACGGCGGUUCAUCCAACGCCGCGAGGCCCGCCGUCGGCCAUCGGGAUCCAGCUCGCCCCGGUGCUCGCGGCACCGCCCCUCCCCUGCUCCCUCGGCUGCCACGGCGGCCGCGAGCGGGCGGCAGCAACGGGAACCAGCAGCAGCGCGGAUCCAGGCCGACACGACGCGGAGGGGCGUGAGCGGAGCCUCGGAUCGAGCCGGAUCCCGAUGGCCGACGGCGGGCCUCGCGGCGGCGCUCGUCCUAGCGCUGCUCCCGGGCGAGGCGAGGCUCGCCAGGCGCACGGUGUGGGCGGUUCAUCCAACGCGCGAGAGCGCCCGACGGCUGGACGAAAACAAUCGGACGUUCAGCAUCGAUCCGUGGCUGAUCGAUCGCACGGAGGACCAUUGGUAGACAAAAAAAAAAGUAUUAGUUUGUGUCUUUUUAGUUGUAGAGAUAGAGAUAGUGAUAUAUAUAAGUAGUAAGUAGAGAAGAGAUAGAGAUUUUAGUAGUAGAGAUAGUAGAGAAGAGAUAGAGAAAAGAUUUUUUUUUAGUAGUAGAGAAGAGAAGAGGAGAGAAGAGGAGAGAGCAUAUUCAGUAGUUUGUCAGCACACUACUAAAAAAAAGUAGUUUGAGUAAAGGUAGAAAGGUCUGUCCAUAAUAAACAACAAAAAAAGCCGCACUGCAGCCCAGAAGCUGUUGUGCCGCCGCU